CUUGCAGUCCAGUAAACAUUUCCGGCUUCCACCACACACCACGAACCUUUGUUCAGCUUGUGCAUUCAACGUCGUCGCGUAUCCCCUUUUCUCCAUUCUUUCUUAUUUCUCUCCGGCACUUUUUCAGCGCGACAACCAGUACCCGGCCUCCCGAUCAACACCUACCAGGGAGUUGUCUACACGAACACGACUAAAGGCCCUGAUUAUCGAACUUCUGAACCUUCCACUCGUUUCGAAGUGACCCUCGAGCUUCUCCCACUAAGAGCGCCAGCUACUAUCCGUCAAACUAUCCCGACAAACAUACGCAAACAUGGCUGACUCGGACGGCGAGUACGCCUCCGACGAUGAGCUCAAGAGGCAUGGAAAGAGGACAGCGGACGGGCGCAGCAAGCAAACCAAGGCGUCAUGGGAAGAUGUUAAGCGCUCCUGGGAUACCGUCUUGGAAACAGCGGACAGCGGCCUCUCCAUCGCAGAGAUUCGGGAGGCCGAGAAGCGGCGUCGCCUUCUGCGCGACACGACACCUCUUCAGCGUGGAAUUAUCCGCCAUCUGAUGCUUGUGCUCGACAUGAGUUUCGCCAUGGCCGACAAAGAUCUGCUACCAAACCGUUACCGAGUCGUCCUAAAUAACGCCAUUGGCUUCGUACGCGAGUAUUUCGAGCAGAAUCCCAUCAGUCAGCUAGGCAUCGUGGGAAUGCGCGAUGGAAUUGCUGUGCGAAUAAGCGACCUGAGCGGGAAUCCGGCCGAGCACAUCGAAAAGUUGAUGCAAUGGAGCGAGCAACAAGACCCCCAAGGAAAUCCGAGUUUACAGAAUGCACUUCAAAUGUGCCGAGGUGCUCUAUAUCAAACGCCGUCACAUGCCACGCGCGAAAUACUGAUAAUCUACGGUGCCCUCGUCUCAAUCGAUCCGGGCGACAUACACGACACCAUCAACGACCUCGUAGCCGACCGCAUCCGCGUCUCGGUCGUUGGCCUCGCCGGCCAAGUCGCCAUCUGCAGCGAGCUUUGCAAGCGGACGAACAACCACGACGGCAACUACAGCGUCGCCGUAGACGAGGUGCACCUCAAGGAGCUCUUCUUCGCCGCCACCACUCCGCCCGUCACCCGCACGCCCGAGCAAAACACCGCCAGCCUGCUCAUGAUGGGCUUUCCCAGCCGCACGCUUGCUCCGAAAGACCAUGUCAGCUUCUGCGCCUGCCACGCGAAGCCCACGCGCGAGGGGUACACCUGUCCGCGCUGCGGAAUCAAAGUGUGCCGGCUGCCGAUCGACUGUCCGAUCUGCAAGCUGACGCUCAUCCAGAGCACGCACUUGGCGAGGUCGUACCAUCAUCUGUUCCCGCUCAAGGUGUUUGUGGAGGUUCCGUGGUCUCAGGCGUAUAAGUCGACGGCGUGCUACUCGUGCCUGACACCCUUUCCUGCUAGGCCAAGGGAUUCAGUGGCGGCAGCGCCAGCUGUGUUAGGAGGGAGAGCCGGAGCUAAAGGUAGCGGGAAACAACAGGACGGCGAGCAGAAAAAUCCAAAACCGGAACUCAAGGGUGUCAGCGAAAGCGGGCGGUAUGCUUGCCAGGUAUGCGGAAAUCAUUUUUGCAUAGACUGUGAUGUCUUUGCCCACGAGACUAUUCAUAAUUGUCCUGGGUGUCAGAGCGAUACGAGGGAUGUGGAGAAGGAUACGGCAGUAGCAGUACCAGACGGUGGCCCUACACCCAUGGUGAUGGAUUCCUAGAGUGAGGAGCAUGCUACAAAUGGCGGCAGAUGGAGGACAACAAUUAGCCGCUCCGCUUGAACGUUUCAGAUUCUUCGGGCGGAACCGAACCGGCCACUCUGGUUAAGAGCAUCGAUAGUAUGGUAUCGUGAACGAAAACGAUACGAUGACCCGAAACAGAGCAGUUUUAAGGGUAUGGCGAACAUAUCUGUUACAUGGAGGGGUUGGCGCUGCAAAGAACACGAAAAUAUACACGGCAUCACGAUCAAAAUAUACCCAGACGACUUGGCUAAGAAGAAAGUCCAAAGUGGAACUCCCAAAACCAAAGCUGUAAGGGACACCAGCCGAAUAACUAGAGACGACGGGGUCAUGGCUUCUUCAUGCUCUUUACCAACAAGGCAGUGCAAAGGGAUACUAGCGAAAGGGCUAAAGAAAUGACGGGAUCCAACAGAUGUGAAAUGGUCCUAUGAAUUCAAGAAGACGAUUCGUUGGGUGUGGCGCAUCUGUGAAGGAGAUGGGAGACGGAUAUGGUUAUGGAAGAAUGAUCAAGAAGACUCUUUGCGUAUCGGUAGAGUCCCUUGUGACGAGGGGAAAGAGAGGACGGGCACGCAACGAAUCAUAGAUGUGGAGUGAUACGGCAAUGUGAGAUUUUGAGACCAUACCAGCAUCAUCAAGUAGCGUACUAAAAUAGCUAAUCUUCAUAUGUCUACACGGUUCCGGUG